AUGUCGUACAUUCAGAACUUUGUCGGUGCCGCCUACCCCGUCCCCUCGAUUAUCGAAAAGGCUCCGCCCACGGGUGUUGACCUGUACUCGCGCUUCGCCCUCGCUGGUGCGCUGUGCUGCUGUAUCACCCACGGUGCCAUGACCCCCAUUGAUGUGGUCAAGACCCGUAUCCAGCUGGAGCCCACUGUGUACAACAAGGGUAUGAUUGGCAGCUUCCGCCAGAUUGUGGCGACUGAGGGUGCUGGUGCCCUGCUCACCGGUCUGGGCCCCACCGCCAUGGGUUACUUCCUCCAGGGUGGUUUCAAGUUCGGUGGUUACGAGCUGUUCAAGAAGCUCAUUGUCGACCAGCUCGGCAUGAGCACUGCGCAGGACAACCGCAUGAGCGUGUACCUGGCCGCCUCGGCCCUCGCCGAGUUCUUCGCGGACAUUGCUCUGUGCCCGCUCGAGGCCACCCGUAUCCGUCUCGUGUCGCAGCCCACGUUCGCGAACGGCCUCAUCGGCGGCUUUGCCCGCAUCGCCCGUGAGGAGGGUAUCGGCGGCUUCUACGCCGGUUUCGGUCCGAUCCUGUUCAAGCAGGUGCCUUACAACAUGGCCAAGUUCGCUACCAUGGAGAUUGUCCUGGAGCGCCUGCUCAGCCUGUACGGCAAGGAGAAGUCGCAGCUCUCGUCGACCGAGGCCACCACCCUCAACCUCGGCUCGGGUCUGAUUGCUGGUUUCGCUGCUGCGACCAUCUCGCAGCCCGCUGACACCCUGCUGUCGAAGGUGAACAAGACCAAGGCCCUGCCCGGCGAGACUACGGGUGGUCGUCUGCUCAAGUUCGCCAAGGAGCUCGGCCCUGUCGGUCUCUUCACCGGUCUGACCACUCGUCUGGUCAUGGUUGGUACUAUGACUGCCUUCCAGUUCGGUAUCUACGGCGAGAUCAAGCACGCGCUCGGUGCGACCAACUCGGUCGAGAUCGCCAAGCCUGUGAUCAAGCACUAA